GGUGGCCAGUUCCAAAGAGAGAAGAGUAGAACCCAUCAAUGAGAGCUGUCUUCACCCGUGGUGGUACUGAAGAAUUCCCUGCAGCAUUCUGCUACCAGGUGAAUGGGUCUUGCCCCAGGACAGUCCAUCCUCUGGGUAUCCAGCUGGUCAUCUACCUGGCCUGUGCAGCAGGCAUACUUACUACAGUUCUAGGGAAUCUGUUUGUAGUGUUUUCUGUGUCCUACUUUAAAGUGCUUCACACUCCCACUAACUUCUUAUUGCUCUCCCUGGCCCUGGCUGACAUGCUGCUGGGUCUUCUGGUGCUGCCACUAAGCACUGUUCGCUCUGUGGAGAGUUGCUGGUUCUUUGGGGACUUCCUCUGCCGUCUGCACACCUACUUGGACACUCUUUUCUGCCUCACCUCCAUCUUCCAUCUCUGUUUCAUUUCCAUUGACCGUCACUGCGCCAUCUGCGACCCCCUGCUCUAUCCCGCCAAGUUCACAAUCAGGGUGGCCCUCAAGUGUAUCUUAGCAGGGUGGGGAGUGCCAGCAGCUUAUACUGCCAUCCUCCUCUACACAGAUUUUGUAGAAAGAGGACUUAGCCAGUGGCUGGAAGAGAUGCCUUGUGUGGGCAGUUGCCAGCUGCUGUUCAAUAAGUUUUGGGGCUGGUUAAACUUCCCUGCAUUCUUUAUCCCCUGCCUCCUCAUGAUCAGCUUGUAUGUGAAGAUCUUCGUGGUUGCGACCAGGCAGGCUCGACAGAUCAGCACCUUGAGCAAAAGCUUGGCUGGGGCUGCCAAGCGUGAGAGAAAAGCUGCCAAGACCCUAGGCAUCGCUGUGGGCAUCUACCUCAUGUGCUGGCUUCCCUUCACGGUGGACACCCUGGUGGACAGCCUCCUUAACUUUGUCACACCACCACUCAUCUUUGACAUCUUUAUCUGGUUUGCCUACUUCAACUCAGCCUGCAACCCCAUCAUCUACGUCUUUUCCUACCGGUGGUUCAGGAAGGCACUGAAACUCAUCCUGAGCCGGGAGAUCUUCUUGCCACGGACUCCCACUAUUGAUUUGUACCAAGAAUGACUCCAUCUGCUGAAUGCAGGCAGGAAUCCAGUAGGAAGGCAUGGUGGGAAGGAUGAGUGGCACCGGAGCUGUGGGUUGCGUGGUGU